AACGGAUCCCCCGGAACAGGAGUCAGGGGAGAGCAGGCUGAGUCUGUCCAGUUGGGGUGCAUCACUUAUGGUCUCUGCGAGUGCCCAGUGGCCCAUGGUUGCUAAAUCCAGUACCGGAGGUUACACUGUCCCAUCAUGCAUUUCUCUAUCCCUGAGACGGAGUCUCGCAGUUCUGAGAGUGGAGCCCAGUAUUUGGCCUACAACAUCCAUGUGAAUGGAGUCCUGCACUGUCGUGUGCGCUACAGCCAACUCCUGGGCCUACACGAACAGCUGAAGAAGGAAUAUGGGAACAACGUUGUCCCUGCAUUUCCUCCAAAAAAGCUUUUCACCCUGACGCCAGCAGAAGUGGAGCAGAGAAGGGAGCAGCUGGAGAAGUAUAUGCAGGCAGUGCGGCAAGAUCCGGUAUUGGGAGCCAGUGAAACAUUCAACAGCUUCUUGCGCCAUUCCCAGCAGGAGACCCAUCUGAUCCCCACAGAGGAGGUACAACUGGAGAUCUUCCUUUCUAAUGGACAGAAGGUGAAAGUGACCAUUCUAACCUCAGACCAGACGGAGGAUGUGCUUGAGGCUGUGACCAGCAAACUAGAUCUUCCAGAGGAUCUGAUUGGCUACUUUAGCCUCUACCUCAUUAAGGACACAAGUGACGGCUCAUUCUCCUUUGUAAGGAAGUUACAAGAGUUUGAAUUGCCGUACGUGUCUCUCACCAGCCUGUGCAGUAGAGAGAAUAAGAUUAUCCUGCGCAAGAGUUACUGGGACUCCUCCUAUGAUGAAGAUCUGAUGGAAAACAGAGUUGGGCUCAAUCUCCUUUAUGCGCAGGCAGUCUCUGAUGUGGAACGUGGUUGGGUGCAGGUAACAAAGGAGCAGCAUCGGCAGCUGAAAUCCCUGCAAGAGAAGGUUUCCAAAAAAGAGUUUAUUCAGCUAGCACAGACUAUCAAGUAUUAUGGAUACAUAAAGUUUGAGCCGUGCAUCACGGAUUUCCCAGAAAAGGGUUGCCAUGUGAUUGUGAGUGCCGGCAACAAUGAGCUGAAUUUCCAGGUGAAGUUGCCCAAUGAGCAGAUGAAAGAAGGAAGCUUCAAAGUGACCCGAAUGCGAUGCUGGCGAGUUACCUCCUCUAUGCCUUUCAGCAAUGGGAGUGGUAGUUCCAAUGAGACAGAUGUGCGCUUGGAGCUUGCAUUUGAAUACCUGAUGAGUAAAGACCGUCUGCAGUGGAUCACUAUCUCCAGUCCCCAGGCCAUAAUGAUGAGUAUUUGUCUCCAGUCCAUGGUGGAUGAACUGAUGGUGAAGAAAUCUGGUGGGAGCAUUAAGAAGAUGCUUCGAAAGAGACAGUCGUACCUGCGACGAUCAGACAGUCAGCAAGCUGUGAAGUCUCCACCCCUGUUGGACUCGCCGGACUCCAGCAGAGAGCCCAUAGUGAAGCUGUCGAGUAAGCUCAGCUCCGUCAGCCUUCGGGGGAUCAGCACUUCCAACUCGACUGGUGAUAUGAGCGCUGACGACUUCCAUGGCAAUUAUGCCUUUGAGGGCAUCGGGGAUGAUGAUCUGUGAGCUGGGGAAUCUCUCUGUCUCUUUAAAGAAAUAUGUCUGACCAAUUGGGGGCGGGGCUGUCAGGCCAGUGGGAGGAGCACCGUUUUGCUGCAGUAUUUUAGGGAGCGUCUGGCCUCCAUAUUCCGCAAAUCCUCUGAGCUUGCACUUAUACCCAAGCCAUUUGCACAGAAUGGAGGCAGCAAUGUGCCGGAAAUCUCUUGCUAAUCACUCCCCAUGUGUCAGCCCCCCCCCCCAUAUUAUUAUUAUUAGAGAUCAGUGACUAGGGGCACCUUGGGGGGGGUGUACCUAUGAAACUGACAGUAGCCAAUUGCUUGUGUGGGGGUUGGCUACUAUUCUGUGACCAAAUUCUGACAUUGGAUGUAAAGCUCCAGUGCACUCACUGCUGCUGCAGGCCGUACUGCUCCCAAGUGGGUGACUGUUUAAUACCUCCCCCUCGCCAUAUUGCACAUGAGUUAUUGGGAAUGCAUGCACUCAUAGUCUGUGUAACAGCCCCACCCACAGCUUCUUCCUCGUCACAUGACUUGAUACCUGUCCAAUCCUAUUACAGGCAGCAGAGCCGGCCCCUCUCUGUCCCUGCACCUAUAGGGCCAAACGCUGAGCUGAUACUGCUCUGUGACCAAAGGGUUAAACAUGGGCUGAUUGUAUCUACACAUGUGCCAAAUUAGUGUUAACUAGGGAUGUACAGAUUAUAUAUAUAUGUAUAAAUCUCCUUUUCUUCUCUGCACAUGAAUCAUUUCAGAAAAGUGAUUUUAUAUACGGAUGCCGCCGAGUAUUUACCGUUACUCCUGAUCAGUAACAUUAAUGCUUUUAAUUGAGAAUGUAAAGCUGCCAUAUGGCUUUGUUCAUGGUCUCUGCUUUGUUUCUAUUCCUGUCCAAUCAGUUACCAAGUGCUAAUGACAGUAAAUAGACGUCUCAUUAA